GAAACAGUAAAGGCCAAUAGUGUUUAUGAGUGAGACCCAUCUUAAUCAAUAUUUAUGACAUUAUAGAGUUACUGGAUAACAGAGCUAUUAUUGAUAACAACACAAGAUUAGCCUAUGAAUUCAUAACAGGAAAGUUGGGAAACACACUAAGCUGAAACAAGGCUUGUAGUUUCAGACAACAUGGGUCAAAUUCGUGGAUUACAGUUUUUGACUUUCCUUUAUGCUUCUCUACAGCUUUCAGAAUGUCUUCUCACAAACCAUCUGGAGUUUGCCAUUGAACACACCUGGGACAGUAAUCCUGUCGACCAUGAUCCUAUCAGGAUUAUUUUCUCACCCUGGGAAGGGGGUCUGAAGAUGCAAGUAUUUGGUCCCUUUUUUAAUGACCCUGCAGCUCCCCCUGGACCUCCUGGACAUACCUUUCCUGGACUCUGGGAUUAUGAAGUUGUAGAAUCAUUCUUUCUGGACGACACUACAGAAAACUACCUUGAGGUGGAAGUGUGUCCGCAUGGACAACACCUCAUACUGUUGCUAUCAGGUGUUGGUCAAGCAUUUGUGCAACAACUCCCUAUGGUGUUUAGAGCCACAAUCACUGGAGAUAGAUGGAUGGGAGAAGCUUUAAUUCCCUGGGGUUACUUCCCUCCCAAUGUUAAUAAGAUGAACUCUUAUGCCAUUCAUGGAUCUGGCGAGAAACGCACUUAUGAAGCACUUUACUCAAUUCCUAAAGAGGAGAUUGUAGAAGGCCAAAAACCAAACUUCCACCUGCUGCAGUAUUUCCAAGAUUUCCGACUGCAGAGCAUCAUGGGAGAUGACUGGGUCCAGCCUGAGUCUGAGCUUUGGAAAGGAAAACCAUAAAGUUCAUAUAUUUUUCAAAUUCAUAUGUUCAAACACCUUCUGACAAUGAACACAAUCAGUUAAUAUUAGUUAAUUAUAUGUAACAACAUAAUACACUCCUUGUCAAAAUGCAUUAAACCUUAAAGACUGCAUGCAGACAGAGACACACUUGCUGGCUUUUAACGUACUGUAUUUGAUAGCACAUUAAAGUGCCUUGGCAAAGUGUGAUCUGCAGCUGAGAACAGAACUGUACACAUGGAUGGUAUUUAACUCUUACCUGUGUGUCAACAAGUGGUUGAAUAUCUGAACUGUUAAUGCCAACACAUUAAAAAAUAUAAUAUGCUGCAGGGAGAUGAAAGAUUCUGGAUCAUAAAUACAUUUGAGACAAUAUACUUUGCAGUGAACCAAGCAUUAAUAAUUUGUAAUUACAAAACUUCAUACAUUUUAAAUCAUUUUGUAUGUUUGUGAUAAUAAAAAUAACAAUAACAAUGA